AUGUGGAGCAGAGGGCUGCCAUCCAAGGCACCCAGGCAGCAGGUGGUGGGGGUUAAGGGCCUUGCACAAGGACCCAAGAAGGAGCAAAUGAGGGUGGAGACAGGUGACCUGAAGGCUGCAGAGGAUCUGAUGUCCAUGACUAACCCCUGGAAUACAAGGGACUUCAGGGAAAGACACAUGAGACCCCUGACUCCCAACUCGGAGAGCUCAGAGGACGACUCUGUCCCCGCUGGUCUGUCUGGGCUGCAUAACCCUUCGUUUUGCAUGACCCCGCCAUACAGCCCGCCCCACACUGAAGUCGCUCGCCGCUCUGCUGGUUCCCACACACACCAGUACACCAGUGUGAUCCGCCACACUGCUGACUGGAACCGUUCUCAGUUCCUGCAGGAGGACCGGAUGACCAGGGUUCUUACAGAGGACCCAGAAACCCAUCUGAACUGCUGCAUUCAAGACACCGAAGAGACUGUUGUAAUACAGGAAACUUCUUCUGAAGCACAUUUUGCAGCCAUGGCCGAGUUUGGACCGGAUGAUAAAUCAAACACAGCUCGAGUUGCUCUGCAGCCUGCUGACGACAGGGUUGCUCCUGCAGGCCCAGCUGGGGUGCAGAAACCUGUCGCCACCUUUCUGCCCGUCCCCUUAGCAUUCACCAACACGCACGUUCCACAACAAGCCCUUAAACAAGAGCAUGCACCACCACAAGCUCCGGUGUUCCUCGUGGGGGGUCGGGUGGUGAGGGGUCCUGUAAUGCUCCUGGUCCCUCAACUAUCUGUUCCAACCAUCAUUGUUCAGCAAACGGCGGCGACCUCUGCUGGCACCAAGUUUGCACCCAUCGCCCCCGCUCCUGGACAUGUCGCCUCAGUGCAGAGACAAACCCCUCUGCAAACAGAAGCGUCACGUGCACGCAGCCACGUGUGUCCCCAUGAGGACUGCUCCAAGACCUACUUCAAGAGCUCCCAUCUCAAGGCCCACAUGAGGACACACACAGGUGAGAAGCCCUUCAGGUGUAAAUGGGAGGGCUGUGGGAGGAGCUUCGCUCGCUCCGAUGAGCUGUCUCGACACCGGCGAACCCACACAGGAGAGAAAAGGUUUGCCUGCCCGCUGUGCUUCAGCCGCUUCAUGCGCAGCGACCACCUGGCCAAGCACGCCCGACGACACUUCGCCAUGAGGAAGAAGUCCUGCUGGAUGUUGGGGAUCAGCCCGUCACACCUCACAUCUACAGCAGGAAGGCUUCCAUCACAAACUCUGACCAUACACAAACUCUGA